CGCUGGGUAAGCAGAGGAGCCAGAAGUCCAGGCUGCACCUGAUGCAUCGUCUUGGCGCGUACCACAUCCCACCUGGGGUGGGGGUGGGGGGGGGCGCGAGCUGGAGCAUCUUCUCUAAUGGAGAGAAGGAAACAUUAGCGCUAUUCGCACGGCACCCCACUGGGCUACAAACAAACGGCACGCAAUUAUCCUGCUAAUUAAACAGGUGCAAUAGUUUGUCAACAACCUCCUCAGGAGUAAAUCAAUCACGGACUGGCAGAUUGUGUUUUGCCCAGUUUUUCAAUGUUGGUCAUCAGCAGAGAAGAGAGAUGUCUUAGUGCUGGGAUAGACAGGACCAAUAAUAUGCCGUUUAGCAGACGCUUUUAUCCAAAGCCACUUACAGUCAUGUGUGCAUACAUUUUUACGUAUGGGUGGUCCCUGGGAUCGAACCCACUACCCUGGCGUUACAAGCGCUAUGCUCUACCAAUUGAGCUACAGAGGACCACAAGCCAAGCCAUCCUAACACGCAGAACUUAGGAAGGAAAAAGAGGUGCAGGUGAGAUGGGUAGGUGACGUCCCGUGUGGCUCAGUUGGUAGAGCAUGGCGCUUGCAACGCCAGAGUUGUGGAUUCGAUUCCUACGGGGGACCAGUAUGAAAACAUGUGUGCCCCACUGUAAGUCGCUCUAGAUAAGAACGUCUGCUAAAUGACAAAAAUGUGAAGGAAGAAAAGUGAUGUCAACAGAAAAUGUGUUGGUAAACUUUCCAAAUGUCGACAAAACAAAAUACGCUAGACAAGGUGGGAUCUUUUUGUGUCUGUAAAAUUAAUUAUGGGAGAAAUGUCGGUGGAAAUGCUUUUAUGUACAAAUAUUGAUAUAAUAACCAUCAUAUCAAAGUAAACUUGGAGUCGGACGGUGUUGUGUGGUCCUCCCACUACAACUCGUCGGGAAAGCGUGCAUUUUAUUAGGCUACAGAUUAAAUAAGUUAUGAUGAACUUCACAGGGUGGUGAAAGUGCAAGUUGAUGAGCUUGAUGCUCCUUUCCAAUAAAUAUUGAAGGGCUUGUUCUGGUGACAUGAUGAUCGAUGCCUGGAUGCCGUUUGACAAAUAAAAAGAAUCAUCAUGAAGGCUAUACCUGCACUGUAUCUGCCAGCUGCUGGCUAGAGCGCACUUGCAAAUACCAGAGUGGGCACACUCGCUAUAUAACGCAAAGCAUUUUUGUGAGAAAACCAUAAGUAGAGUUGAAACCCAUUUAAAUUUUAUUUUUUAUUUGGUACAAGGGAAUUUAACCGCAAAAUAUAUUUUUAUAUGCACUAUGUCAUAACGCACAACGUUUUAUCUGCAACAACUCAAUUUGAUGGAAACACAUCUCUGGUGGGAAAAUGCGCAUAUUGUUUUUAUGCAGAUUUUAGAAUAUUCACAUGGACAUCUGUCACUCAUUGGAUGGAAACCUAGCUACUGAAAGGAGAAGAUGUGAGCGAUAAGACAUCUAAUUUACCUUGUGUAACAGUGUUGGUUAGAUAGAGGAGAUGCCUGAUGCUGAAGCAGACUGGGAGGUCUAUCAGGACCUGCCCAGGCUAGCUCCCCUUGUAUCAACUACUCCGGGAUCAGGACCCAGUGCGUUCAACCAACACACAUACCAGUAAUCCCUGCAUACCUGCAACUGACUAGCCCCUCUGGCUAGCCCCUCUGACUAGCCCCUCUGGCUAGCGCUGCCUCUGUUGACCACUUAACCUCUGACAUAACUGCUGUAAAACCAACAACCUCUGGGUUUCUUUCUGCUUUUAAUGAGUUGGUUGUAAAAUGCUGGAGAGGAUUGCUAGAACAGGCCCAAUAGAAAUGGCUCAUUUGACAUGUUGGUUAGUACUUAGGUUUAGAUCACGCUUGCCUCCUCAAUGUGCACCUGGCACCUAUACAGCUUCCUUGUCUCUGAUCCACAAGGCCCUGACACACCACACACACACACACACACACACACACACACACACACACAUACACACACACACACACACACACACACAUACUCUCCCCACCCUGCCUUUUCUCAUCAAGCCAAGAUCAAAAACAGGUGGCUGCUUUGGGGUCAUGUCACCAGGCUAAGGAAAUCGCCCUGAAGAUGGCUUCCUAUUUAAAGUUAUAGUCAGUGUGAGCGAUGCCUCUGACAGGCCUUUGUAGCACUCCAGGCUAAGUACCCUAUCCUUUGUCACCAAUGACGGGUAGCUACUUAGGUGAACCCAAUGCUUUCCAUCAGCUUCCCCUCAUUCUUCAACAUAUACCAUCCUCCAUGAGUGGCUUAUUGAAUUAGCAAGGUUGUCUACUCUGCGUUGAGACCCCUCUGUCAGCCUGUGGAAAAUUGCAUUCUGUUAGGGUUAGGGAAGGUUGUGAGGGAGUUUUGACGGGUGUGAGGGGAGUAGUGGCGCAGUGGUCUAAGGCACUGCAUCGCAGUGCUAGCUGUGCCACUAGAGAUCCUGGUUCGAAUCCAGGCUCUGUCGUAGCCGGCCGCGACCGGGAGACCCAUGGGGCGGCGCACAAUUGUCCCAGCGUCGUCCAGGGUAGGGGAGGGAAUGGCCGUCAGGGAUGUAGCUCAGUUGGUAGAGCAUGGUGUUUGCAAUGCCAGGGUUGUGGGUUCGAUUCCCACGGGGGCCAGUAUGAAAAAUAAAAAAAUAAAAAAUAAAAUAAUGUAUGCACUCACUAACUGUAAGUCGCUCUGGAUAAGAGCGUCUGCUAAAUGACUAAAAUGUAAAUGUAAAAUAUAGUGUUACUAUGGUGUUGAAGUUGAAAGGAGAGUGGUUUAUUGUGUGAUUCUCAAGGACGUGGAGCGAAGCGGAUGUUUUGCAAAGAAUUCCGGGAGGUUGUGUGUGUGUGCACAGCGCACACAUGUUUUCAAUGUGAUAAACAGGAUAGAACCUAAAGAGAUUAGAAGGAAUGUAAAUUUACGGAGGAAAAAAAUCCCUUUUUCUCACUUACUGCAAGUCUGUCUCUUUGCCUUUAACCCACAAGCUUGUUAGGCGUUACUCUGUGUAAACUGAUAAAAUAGAUAACAUCACCCAUGCAAAUCGGACCCCUCUCAAUCCCACGACCACGCUUUUCAAAUAUGUUUAUUUUUUUCCAGUUCUCUUUUUUGUUGAUUUAUUUAGUACGAUUAAUUAUUCAUCAUGUGUCUCAGGCAUUUUUUUUAACCACAGAAACAUUGAAUUAUAGAUAUGCGAAUGGCCAUCAUACACAUGUUGAGACUUGGGCUCAGUGUGGGGCGUCUUUUGGUCCGUCACUGGCUCAGAUGAUACUGUCUAAAUGUCCCUUUUCAUCUCUGUGUGUUCUGACUGCUUCAAAAGUGUAUGUGUGUGUGUGUGUGUGUGCGCGCGCUGUGUCUGUGUGUGUGUGUGGAGAGGAUGUAGUCUCAUUGUUCCACCUAAUCCUCGUCAAUUGGACCCUUCUGUGUACCCUAGCUCUCUGACUGCUAAACAGCCUCUCCGCCUAGCACCAGGCAUGUACUGACACUCCCAUUUACUACCACAAACUGGGCCUGCACCUGGGCAGGAUGCAACUGAGAACACACAAACACACACACACACUUACAGAACCCAUUGUAAAAUGAGGCUGUGCCUUUGAAGCAGUGAGAAUGUACGCCACACGGAACACGUACACCCACACACGAGGAUAUGAUCAGGAAUCGGGCAACAAUAAAUAGGGCCAUUUUGGCUCAUAUAGUUUCAGCGAGUGUGAAAACACUGGGCCAUGCUGUGAGUAAAAGAGGUCUAUGGAGGGUCCACUGGAGAGUUUGACCAUGGCUUCAAGUGUUCUUACUUUCCCCGAUGGAGACAGACGGGACAGUCAAACAAACAGUGAGAGGGAGGGAAGGAGGAGGGAGAUGAGAUGGUGUCAGGGGACCAGAGCGUGUAAAUCUGUGGAUGAGGACAGGAGCAGAGAGCGAGCGAGGAAAUGGUGGAGGAACGGGAGAAGGAGUGAUGUCAAAUAAAUAGAGAGGGAGCCAGCCAAGGGAGAGGAGAUACAAGUGUGUAUAUUUAUGAGCGGGUAUUAGAAAACCCAAUGGACAUGGAAAACACAUCUCAAAGAAAAGCGCUGGCCAGCUUUUAAUGCAUGUUCUCUUGUCAAGGUUUUUUUUUUUGUCAGACGAGACGACACUUAAGGCAUGUCGCAGGGCCACACUGAAACACUACUGGGAUUGUUGGGGAAGGGUUUUGGCUUGGCCUCGUCUGUCUGCCAUUGCCAUUUGCCAAGAUGCCACCAUGCCUAUAUGUGGUCUUGCAUUUUAGUCCAUGAAAUUACUGUAAUAGGACAUAUGUUAUAUUACAUACGUUAGGAUAAAAUGUGCACUAUCAGUGUGUGUCUCUGUCUCUGUGUGUAUGUGUGUAUGGCUCAUUUGUGUGCACAGGCCCUCCUGUGUGUAUAGGGUUUAGGGCGGCCCUGUUGUGAUGACUGGUGGGGGGAGAGAGAGGAGAGAGGUGAAAGCCAGGACGUCCUCUGAGCUCUCUCUCCCCUCUCCCUUUAGGCAUCGCGGUCCUCUCCUUCUUUCGUCCUCCUCUCUUCUCUCUCUCUCUUCCGUGCUUCAUUCCUCCCAGCAGGCAAAUUAAAUAUGAUGAUCCCGCUGGAAAUUAAAUAGUAAAUCUCAUAUAGGCCGGCCUGCCUGACUCCAUGCCUGCCUGCUUCCCUGCCUGCCUGCCUGCUUCCCUGCCUGCUUCCCUGCCUGCCUCCCUGACUGGGGUAGAAACACACUCUUAAAAGGCAUCUUGACCAAUGACUUCUCUGUUUGUGGGGAGAAAAAAAAAAAAUAGAGGGGAGGUAUCACGUGCCUCCAUCUUUUAAGUCCCCACUGUGCAAGAGUUCACGCUCUUACAAACCAGGGGGAAGGCCCUUCACAAACCAGGGGGAAGGCCCUUCACAAACCAGGGGGCAGGCCCUUCACAAACCAGGGGGCAGGCCCUUCACAAACCAGGGGGCAGGCCCUUCACAAACCAGGGGGCAGGCCCUUCACAACCAGGGGGCAGGCCCUUCACAAACCAGGGGGAAGGCCCUUCACAAACCAGGGGGAAGGCCCUUCACAAACCAGGGGGCAGGCCCUUCACAAACCAGGGGGAAGGCCCUUCACAAACCAGGGGGCAGGCCCUUCACAAACCAGGGGGCAGGCCCUUCACAAACCAGGGGGAAGGCCCUUCACAAACCAGGGGGAAGGCCCUUCACAAACCAGGGGGAAGGCCCUUCACAAACCGGGGGGAAUGCCCUUCACAAACCGGGGGGCAGGCCCUUCACAAACCGGGGGACAGGCCCUUCACAAACCGGGGGGCAGGCCCUUCACAAACCGGGGGGCAGGCCCUUCACAAACCGGGGGGCAGACCCUUCACAAACCGGGGGGCAGACCCUUCACAAACCGGGUGCAGACCCUUCACUGUCCGCCCCAUUUCAUUUUCCUCCGCGAUGGGUUCGUUGAGGUUUCACGUCACAUUAUUUUCCCUCCUUCCCCCAUUGUCCCCAUUGAGGCAAAACAGAUUCUCCUCUCCAUGAAUUUCUGUUCCCCAGUUUUUUUUCUUCAUCUUUACGGUGCAGGAACAGCUGCCAGCGGAAGGCGACAGCACGGAGAGAGAGGUGUGUGUGUGUGUGUGUGUGUGUGUGUGUGUGUGUAGAUACACGGUGAUAGAGCAAAGCACACAUCCCUCCUCACCGUGCUACACUGACCCCAAUCACCACCUAUGGGAUCAGUCCAGUAUGACAGAUAGCCUGACACAUGAAACAUUGCUGCUCACCGCACAACCUUAUAGAACCACACACAUACAGUAAUACACACGCAAACACACACACACAUUGAAUCAGGCUGCUGGAAGUAUUUUCCCUUCAUUGAGAUAUUGUAGAUGUAUAGAUUGCAUUCUGCCAGUCUGCAGCCGUUCCCCGGCCCUGUUCACAUGAGAAAACAUUCUGCCAGUGUGCAGCCGUUCCCCGGCUAUGUUCACAUGAGAAAACAUUCUGCCAGUCUGCAGCCAUUCCCCGGCUAUGUUCACAUGAGAUUUGUAUUUUAUUUUUUGAACACUACACAACCAUAGUGACUCAGGCGGCAUGUUGUAUUUUCUCAACCCUGAGUUUCAUUUGCUGAUGGCGUAGAAGGAAUCCCACAAACGUGCACGGGAACACACACACAUCUACCACCGCUUCUUUGUCAUUUUCCUGCAAGAUAAGCCCAAACCAGGCAGAUUUCUGUUAGUGCGAGCCUCCCUCCAUUAUUGGGUCAUAAAGCAAUGUGACAUCUCUAUUUCUGCACCAACUGAUCUCCCAUCACACUCUGCUGCAAACGCCGUAAUCCACCCACUGAUAACCCCAGCAGUUGCACCCCUCAUUGUGUCCCUCCCAUAAUGCCUCGCUCUGCAGGCACGAUAUGCACAAGUCGGCAAGCUGUUUAACAUCUUAGCCAUUAGCGCUUCCUCCCACUACUUAUUACAGUCCGCACUUCGGAGAAAAAACAGCUAUUCAAUCGAGGCUUGGGGGGGGAACCCUGACACAUGGACUCGGAAAUGCGUCCAUUAACCAGGACUGACUGUCUCUGGGUCCUUACACCUUACGGACAGUCUCCAAUCAAUCUGCAAUGUUUCAAUGGCUUCCCAAAAUUGCUUUUCUCAUAUCAAAUGUAAUCAGUGUUUGGGACUUUAAUGGUUAGCGGUCUGCCUCCGUAGGGGAGGUAUCUGUUGCAGCAGUGUGGAAAUAUGGGUGUUCUCACCAUAUUCUGUAGGUACAGACUGUUACAGGAAACUGAAAUUUAUAGUACAACAUCUCCUGUUAUGAGAAUCCACCUGUAUCUGUCAUGUGUUCCAUCAUAACUCACCUGGAUCAGGAAGUGGAGCGGUUUUUUGUUUUACUGUGGCAAAAUGAGAAACCAAUUUCUACAACCGCAAUGGUCCCCACUGUAUAUACAGUAGACAGGUUUUUUUUAAGCUGUGCGUUUCAUUAACGGAACAAUAAAAUAUGGUUUUAUUGUUCUUUUAUCUGCUGUCUUCUCUCUGCCGCCCCGAACACAAUCAGUUUGGGUUCUGAGCGGGACCUCUGUCGUUUUCUGCUUGAAACAUCAUUUCUAUGGUAAUUCUCUCCCUCCCUCCCUCCCUCCCUGUCUCUCUCUCUCUCCCUGUCUAAUCUUAUUGGCCUACUGAACAGGAAAUGCAAUUUCCUGCUCUUUCUCCCUCGUCUCUCCCUCUUCCUUCCGUUCCCUCCACGUACUUACGCGUGUAACAAUGGCUGUUAUACCCCACACCCAAACUCAUCGUCUCAACAUUCGCCCACAGAACGUCACGCCAUUAUUUGUCUUGACAAAACAAGCCUCUGACGGGUCUAAAAAGAGACAGUAGGGAAAGGGGUGGACAGAAAGAAAAUGGAACGGAUUGGUUUUCAACAGUGUCUUCAUCCAUAAGGGCCCUAUAUACCUACAGGCAUAUUGUUGUAUUGGUCCCACCAGGGUUGUGUUGGACCCACCAGGGUUGUGUUGGACCCACCAGGGUUGUGUUGGUCCCACCAGGGUUGUGUUGGACCCACCAGGGUUGUGUUGGACCCACCAGGGUUGUGUUGGACCCACCAGGGUUGUGUUGGACCCACCAGGGUUGUGUUGGACCAACCAGGGUUGUGUUUUUUUCCCGAGAGGUGAGGAUGGCCAGGAUCAAUUACAGUAGGCCAUCACCCCUGAGCAUCACCCCAACACACACACACCGUAAACAGCCAGAACGCACCAGGCAACACACAGUGAGAGUAGAGCGGGGUAAUUGGUGUGUAGAAUGUGUUUUACUUCUCUCCUGUGUGUGCGUGUGUGUGUGUGUGUGUGUGUGUGUGUUUAGCCUCCUUUUCGAUCAUUAGAAAAUAGACUGUUAUUUCUACUUACCCUAAAAGCUUUAACCCCCUGGUUUGAAUGGUAAGGAUCCGAGUCCAGUUGUGUUGUACCAUAAUGGGGAUGUUAACUCAACCUCAGUGUUGUUCAGUUGAAAAUCCUUAAGACAAUAAAAUAAUGUUUCCGCACAGUACUUUAAAUGGAUACUCUCAAGUUUCCUGUAUUUGAAUGGGACAUUUGUCACUUUCUCAGUGAUGUUUUUUCUAUAAUGUAAACCGUGUUCGUCAAAGGCCUUUGUAAAACACUCUCCUCGAAACCCCUUUGAAUGAUUGAAAUCAAAUCAUAUUUUCAUGGUGUGCUGAAUGUGAAGGUUGAUGCAGAGAGUGGGCUUGUUUAUAAGUAAGCUUUUCAGACGUUCUGAUGUUUCAUACUUGGCAAAGGGAAUGCGUUGGGAAAGGACUUCAAACGAUAAGGCAAUAAGGAGCGUGUAAUCACGGAAUACCUCUCAAAUCAAUUAUACAUCAGCAGCUAUUCUUAUCAUCAGUAGGACACUGUCCUAUGGCUUUGCUGUCUGGUGAAUGUGUUUGUUUGUGUGUGUGUGUGUGAGUGAGUGAGGGGGAGCGAUUUUAUACGAGCUUGGAAAAGUGUUAAACAUUUGUAUUCUUGUGUGCACACAUGAGACUGUGUGUGUGAGUGAGUAAAAGUGAAGAUUCCCAGAGAGGUCACCAGAGCAGGACCAAGGUCUUUGAGGAGCUCUCUGGCUCCCGGCCACAGAUGCACCAGAUAAGACCUGGUCUCAGAGGCCCUACUGCUCCCCCUACUGCCCCCCUCUCCCUCCCUGCAGGCCCCCUGCUGCCCUCCAUCACACAGACCUUUUCUCCACCACAUGGCACACCCAUUAAUCACUGGCCAGCAUGAAGAUACACCAAAGUGUGUGCGUGUGCGACUCCACACAAUAGUUGUGUUCAACAAUAGAUCCAUAACCCUGAUGGUUGUUGCCUGUGUGUCUUGGCCACGACAUCCAUUACAUCACCAUCAGCCCAUUGAGAAAGCUGGGGGUUUUCUGCCCUGGAGGGUUGGUAGGAAUGAGUUGGCCCCCUGGAGAGUGUGUGUGUGUGUGUGUGCUGUCACAGUCAUCUCUGGAGCUGUAUAUGCUUGGAUCCUAAGACCAUCAGCAACCCCCCUACACACACACGCACACACACACACACACACACACACACACACACACCGCUCUGCCAGUCCAUGGGUGUGACCUUUACAGGAAACAUGGUCUCUUCCUGAUGUGAACAGAUUUGAAACAUGUCCUAUCUCACUCUGCGGAGCCGUGUCAGGCCGAGAGGAGAGGGAGAGCGGUUGAGUGGAGCUGAAACUUCUCCAGCCAUCUAUUCCUCCAUCCCUCCAUCAGUCUCUACAUGUGGAUGGUCAGGCCGUCAUCACAUCACACUUCAUUCAGAAAGACAGAGAACGGCUGCUAGCUGGUGUGUGCUUUGCCUUUGACUCGGACAAGCCAUUUAUUUCACAAUAGCACAAUCUUAGCUGAUGUUUUAUAUUUAGUAGACAGGUAAUGUAUGAUACACCAUUGUAGUUAGAGUUGUCUAUUUUAAUGAAGGUAUUUCUCUUUGACAUGUUAAUGUAACAUGUAAUGACAUGAAUAAUGAGUGGAGUUACAUUACAGUGACAUGCUUUAGUGGGACGAUGUAGCCGGAUGUGAGAAGAGGAUGUGUUCCACAACAACAUGUUCAUCUCGGGUGUAUUCAUUCUGCCGAUGCUGUUGCUAAACUUUUAAGCCGGGGGGGGACGACGACACCUACCUGAAUUUGUCCAAUAGAAACUCUUGUUUUGCUCUGUUUGCUUCUUAAACAGUUUCUGUAAUGAAUACACCCCUGGUUAAUUGUAAACUUCCCCUCCCUCUUCUCCGAGUCUGCAGCUUUUAAGGAGCAGCAGGUGUUGCGGCCACGCUCCGACGCCCACCACCAACGUAGCGGGGACACGGACAUCACUAAGGAUGAUGGACAUAGGCUAUGCAGUACGCACACUCUAGAAGCUCUUAACCGUGGUGUGGACAUACAGAGGGGGCUUCUGGGUCCUUCUGCCUCCAUGAAUGGAUGACGAUUGGAGGAGAGGAUGGGAGGAGAGGAGGGAGUACACAGGAAAGCGUUCAGGGAGCGUAAUUUAGUUUUGAUUGUUGGUUGUCAGAAAGCCAUCAUUAUUGGCUGCUUCCACCGACUCUGAAGCAGGCUUUGAUAAGGAUGAAAGCCGGGUGCCAUUACCCAGAUGGCUGUGUUGAUUUUGUUGAAUCCUUCUCUCUACACUUCCGUCUAGAGCUCUCGCUCUUUUUCAAUGGUUUUCAAAAAACAAUAAACUAGUGUGUGUAGUUGCUGUGUGUGUGUGUGUGUGUGUGUGCGUGUGUCGCCUCGCCGAGCUACUGUGAAGUGAAAAGCGAGGUAAUAGAGAUGAGUGACAGCGGGAUCAGGACGGAGGUACUCCAAGGGGCUCCCGACACCAGCAUGAAACGGACUGUCAAGCAGAACAACACUUAUCCUGUUUUAUUGUUUUUGUCUCUGAUUUGAAUCUGAACCCAUUUUUCUGCUGAAAAGCACUCCGUACACACACAGUGAUAGCAGCUGUUCCUCUGUAUCUCUGGUAUCCUUGGGAAGAAUCAGUGACAUCUCGCCAUUUCCCCCUCCGCUCGCCUGUGCUGGAGUUUAGCCGCAGCAAUACUCGAACGCACCCGUGAGAAUGUGCCGCGUGUCUCUGUGCGGGGGUCUGAAAGCGUGUCACACAUCUCGCCGGGUGUGAAAAAGAGGACAGCUGUCAAUCAAAGCCAGUCUGUAUUCUCCCCUUGUGUUGUAACAGAAUUGCCAUGAAUACCUCCUGAGGGGAGAAAAACAGAAGUUUACUCACCAGUGGUAAUACAGUACAAGACAGACUUAAAGCUAUUCAAAUGGAUUCACAUCAAUCUAUCGAUGGAGGUAGUUGUUGACGUGUUUGGCGGUUCUCGUAUACCAAAAUCCCAAAGAAUUGAGGAUGUCAUUUGAAUCAAGGCUUGGAGUCUGCAUGCAUGGUGAACGGGCUGCCUCGCUACUGCUCACCGGAAUAGGCUGCCCCUCACACACACACACACACACACACACACACACACACACACACACUAACCCCCCCCCCCCCCCCACCCCUGCCACAGACAAUCUGUUCCCUCUCAUCCGGGACUAAUACCUUUAUUCUCCUUCCCAGAGCACUUAGUGCAGGUAAGAGGCCUGCUGCUCCAUAUCACUGCCCACAGCAUAGGGGAGCUCAGGUAGAAAUAUUCACUACGCUACGCCAUGCUCGCUACGCCAUGCUAGCUUCACUAUGCUACAACUACGCUACAGUAUACAGGCUUUAUUGUUGUUUUUCAAUGGAAUAAUUGUGACACACCUCGUGGCACUUUGGCAGUGGCCAUGUUUUAGCCCCAUCAUGGUUCAUUCUUAUCUACUCGUACGACAGGGGUUAGUCCGUGACCUAUUAGCAUAGGGCAAUGACAUGCUAAUAAUUGGGAAGAGCUAUAUUUAAAUGUCAAGUGUCAAGCCUGGGCAGGAGAAGGGGAAAGAAAAAAAGCUGUUAAUAGUUGACAUCUAAAUGUCAAAUAUGUUUUUUUUAUAUAUAUAUACUGGUAGGAGUGGGGAGUAAGGCCAAAGACCCCAGCCCUACCGACCCCGAAAUGCGAUUAAUAUCAAUUCUCUGGCAGCGUCAUUGCUCAACCUCUGAAACACCCAAGCUGAUGCAAAAUGUGAAUCUCUGAGGCUAAUUCCCCUAGCAACUGGCGUGACGGUAUCGGCCGGCGGCAAGCCCUGCCUCACACGCACACACAAGACGGAUUGUGUCCUGUCACAAUCCGUCUUGAGCCCCAUCGCCAAGCCAUUACGUGGUGUCCUCCCCUCCCAGUUUGACAGGCAAGGGGAAUGCAAAUGACCGUCCUCCCCUCCUCCUUUCCUCCCCUCUUCUUCCAAUCUUCCAUCUCUGGGAUUUAUGACAGGCUUGCCAUUCAGAGAUGUCCCUUUCUGGAGACUUAAGGCCAGGGUAAUAGGCUUCAUCCAUCUUCUCCUCCAAAGAGCAACCUUGGCCCCUGACGCGCCAUUUUGUAUGGUUCUAUGGCUGAGGUGUGUCAGAGGGCUUGUCGAGCUCUGGCUCUCCAAGCUAUUUGGCUAUUAUAUCUGGUGAUUGGAGAGGACGGUUAAGGGCCUUCGUGUUAAAGACCUCCGCCUGCAUCCUGUGGGAAAGCGAUAGACUUGUCUUUAAACCACCCAUCCUAUUCAGACACAGAGGCACGUGCAUGUGCGCGCGCACACACACACACACACACACACACACACUUGCAGCCAUUCUCAAACAUACAGUUAGUGUAUAUUUAAGAGAACCCCCCCCACAACUUUCCCAGUUAAUAUCCACUGAGAGCGGCUUGCGCUUCAAUGUCUUCCCACCACCACCCCUCUCUCUCUCUCCCUCCCUCAUCUCUCUCUCUCGCUCUCCCUCAUCUCUCUCUCUCUCCCUCAUCUCUCUCUCUCUCCCUCAUCUCUCUCUCUCUCUCUCUCUCUCUCUCUCUCCUCUCCCUCUCUCUCUCUCUCUCUCUCUCUCUCUCUCUCUCUCUCUCUCUCUCUCUCUCUCUCUCUCUCUCUCUCUCUCUCUCUCUCUCUCUCAUCUCCUCCUCUUCUUUUGUCUCUGGCAUAGCUGGUGUCAAAACGCGUGUCACUUCCCGAAGACGCCGGCUAAUUUGAGUUCUCUGCCCGGCAAGCCAUUAAUUCCCAGCGGUCCAGCAACUGUUUACCCACCUAGCGCAUCCUCAGUAGUUCUCCUCACAAAUAGAGGAGAGGGCGGGGGGAGGGAGAGAGUAGCGGAAGGGGGGAGAGUGGGAGGGCCUAGGCCUGUGAGCGAUAAGUGUAGAUGUCGUUUGACAAGGAGGCAGCGUGAGAUUUUUCUUGACUCGUAUCUUUGAGUUUUGUUUGCUUUGAACGGGGCGUGUCUUUGAAGGAGCAGGUCUUUGAAAGAGCAGUUGUUUUGUGGAAAUUGCGACAGCAUUUUUCAUCCUUUUUUUCUUGAGCGAGCACAGGUUUGUUCUUCCUCUGUAUCUGGAAGAUUUACAGUGGCCCUGCGAUGUGUUCCUCACUUGUAAUCUUUUAAUGUCCAGCCUUGAUUACACUGAACCGGACCAUUCUCACUGCGAUAAAAGGCGACUUGAAGAAAAGAGCCUGUAGUUCAAUACACACAGAGACAGCGAGAGAGAGUUAUCGGCAGUGGUCAGACGGUGUGUGUGUGUGUGCAUGCUUUCAUGUAUUGGUCCGUGUUCGUGUGUGUCUUCAUGCAUAUGUUGAAUGCAGGUGUGUGUGUCGGCAGGUUUGCUUGCAGGUGUGUGUGUCGGCAGGUUUGCUUGCAGGUGUGUGUGAUCUUGAUCUUUGAUUGGUGGCCAUGGAGAGGUUUGACCCUCCUUAUCUCUCUCUGCCUGCAGUCUGGCCACUGGGCUAUUUGUUUACCCACCAUCAGCAGCAUAGCAGCAUGCACACUACUUUCUACUGUCCCUUUGCUUCAUAAAGCAACACACACAUACAUUACUUCCAGCAACAGAUUACCUGCUUAAAUAAAACAUGAUUUGUCUGGUGGGAGUUUUUUUUUUCUGCAGUGUGGUUAAUCGAUAAAGUUGUUAAGUCUUUUGACUGUCUCACCAUUAAUUACAAGGCAGUGGGAGGAAUGAGGGAAGGGGGGUGGUAGUGGGAAAAUCAAUGUGUUAAAAAUGAAUUCCAGGUAUCCAGACAGACUGUUGGGUGGGUGCAUUGUGCGAAAGGAAGGCGUUUGUGAAGUUAAGGGCAAACGGCUUCUCGUGGGAAGAGGGACACUCGGAAGAAGAGAUGAUAUCGGUGGAUGGGGGAGGAGGUGGAGGGAGGGAAAGAGGGAUCGUAAACAGAAGUCAGCCUCCUGUAGCUCAGUUGGUAGAGCAUGGCGCUUGCAACGCCAGGGUUGUGGAUUCGAUUCCCACGGGGGGCCAGUAUGGAGAAAAAAAGUAUGGAAAAGGUAUGCACUCACUAACUGUAAGUCGCUCUGGAUAAGAGCGUCUGCUAAAUGACUAAAGUGUAAAAUGUCAGCUGAUUGGGCGCUCUGUCUGGCUGAGAGGACACACGUUUGUGCGGUGUUUGUGUAGCGUGUGUGUACAUCAUCACGACAUCCUGGAGAUGUCUCCUCUAGAGGAGAAACGCACAUCAAGACUUAAUAUUAAUACCAAUAAAAUAACAUUUGAAUUCAAACAUCUUUGUCCUUGUGUUUUUCAUAGCAAGGUGUGACAUGCUUAGUAUUGAUACGUCAUUUUCUGAUGAUAGCCUAUCAAUGUUGAGUUGGGCCCUGCAAAUGCCAUGUUGAGUAUGAGCCUCCAAAUGUCUCCUUUGUGUGGUUGAGAUGUUGAGCUCACUCUGAAUGGCCAAUUAUAGGCCCUCUCUCAGCUGGGUUUUAAUAGAAAUACUCUGUCUCUCUCUCUCUCUGUGUUCACUGUCUUUCUUAGCUCUAUCAUUCUCUCUCUUUCUCUUCCUCCACCAUGCUGGGGUCAGGGGUCAUCCUAAAGGGCAACAUGAGUUAUUGUUUUCCAGCCGUCCAUUCGAUGCUCUGGGAAUUGUGAAGGGGCUGAAUGAUUGCUGUGGUCAGUACACAAGUGUAGUGUGUGUACGACACAGCUCCCGUUGACUGGUAAUGCAUUCCCAGGUAUCUGGUCUGCUGGAGUUAUUGAUUUAUGUAAAGGAUGAGGCCCUGUGCUCUGUUUACUGUCACAACUCCCUCACCUAUCUCUCUUUCUUUGCCAUCUCUAUCUUUCUCUCUCCCUCUGUAUUUUUAGCUCUCGACUAUCUCUCUCUCACUCCAUUUUGGCAAUCCGUCUCUUUCUUAGCUAUUCCUCAAUCUCUCUGAGAUUCUCUCUUUCUCUUGUUCUUUCUAUCGACUCUGUUGGCUCUCUCUUGGCUCUCUUUUCUUUCCCUCGCUCUUUCUUCUCAUCUUCUCUCUCUCUCCCUCCUUUCUCCUCCCUCCCCGCUCGGUCUCUCUCUCCCUCUUCCUCCUUGCGCUCACAGAAAAAUGGGGCUCCCAGAUCAGAUGGCAGUGUUUGCUUUUGAAAAUGCCAUAGUCCUCCUGAUCUCCUGUGAAUAUAUCCUCCCUCCCUCCCUCCACCCCUCAGUCAUGCAACUCAUUUACAGCCCUCUCUCCUUUUAUUCCCCUCUGCCACUCGUUCACUUCCUGUCUCAUCUCGUUGUUUGUCUCCUCUUCUGUUCUCUGAUUGGUCCUUCUGUUGUUCCUCUGUCACCACCGCUGUUAGUCUUUUAUCUUAUUCAUUAUUAUGCGAAAUGAAACAAGACGUCCUUUUGAAAAUAAACGUACCCAUUUAUAAUUUUUCUGCUCUCCCGCUUUUCAAUGGUAUUAUACCGAAGAGCUCCAAGUAUGCUUUCAAGUAUUCAACGUUGUGCUUUCUAUGCGCAGUCAACACACAAAGAAGACAGUAAGCACUCAUCUGCAGUGAGGCCCAUUUCCAUUGUACUCUUCCCUCCUCCUCCUUCCCUGACGGUUGAAUGUCUCGCGGCAUCGGCGGACAUUUAGGCUGCAGCUCAUGAAGAGUGAAGAAGGCUAAAUGUGCAGUGGAAGACGCCUCAGGCCUACUAUCCAGCUGAGCUCCUUGUCAGUCAAGACAGUAGUUACAGUCUAGAACGAUGACAAUGUGACAUACAAUGGACUCUGGAUUGCACAGUCGCACCAGUACAGUGGGAAAAUGCACAGCAGAUGUGGAAACUGUGUUUUUGUGAGGGACCUAUCCUCCAUCCUGGAUUCUUUUUUUUUUACAAAGUGGGUUCAGGCAGCUAAGUACUGUAUUGGAGAGGAAACCAUGGAAUCGCAGAUGAUGGUGCUGUCAUGGAAUAUAGUCGUGAUGUCAACCACCAACUGUACAAUGUACAGUUAAAAAAAUACAUUAAAACUACUAUGCUAAUAGGAUGAAAUGGAGAUAUGUGGAAUAAUUCCACUAGCAACUAUUUUGCUUAUAUUGGAGGGCUGAUCUGAUUGGCCGACAGUGUCCAUCUCUGUCCCUGCAUUAUCAGGGAGGCUGCCUGUACUCAAACACACCUAAACACAUUCUAGCCUGCUCUUCCGAGACCACUCACAGGCCCUUUGGAUAUGCAUCAAACAAGAAGAUACAUUGUUGGCAUUUUCAAGUCGCACAUUUUAAGUCGCAACUGUCCCCCAUUUUUUUAAACAUGGGGCGUUUGUUGCGUGAUAGACCCAGCCGUGAGCCAAAUAAGCUUUUAGUUCUACCAACAGAAGCACUCUAACUCUCUUAAUCGCAUCAACAUUUGAGGAAAGAGGAGAGGAUGUCUUUUUGUGUGGCAAUUUCAACCCCAUUCUUUUUUUUACCCACAAUACUGCUCUCAAUACAAAAACAUACAUCUUUGAUUUUGUACAACAAAGGUUCGAGCCUUGCAGCUUACUCUCGAAUAUUAAAAGAUAUAUCAAUAAAGCACUUGGACUUGUGCUUUAAUCUUAAACUAUUAGUAUUGCGUUGUAAUCAGCGGCGAUUUUAGCAUGCAAAUCUUGGUGGGGCAAAAAAACUAUAUAUAUGGGAUGCAUGCCAGCAAAGCCACUACACAACACAACACAAUACUAAACAAUAUAUUAAUUGCACUAUAGCGGUGACAAACUGUGCCCACAAACUGUUAGGGCCUACAUAAAGCUGUCCCAGCAGCAGAGUCCCAACAGCAGUCCCAACACCUUACCACUGCUACACCUGGCUAUCAGCGGAGCCUUGUCUGGCAGAGAAACAGUUCAUUCAGCCUCAUUUAAUGCCUUGAAAAAAAAACAUAGCUGAUAUGGCUGACUUGCUUAAACAAAUAUGGUUUCUACUGACAAUUGAGAUGUACAAACUAUGGCAUAAGGGGACGAUAAGAUGCAAUCCGCAAUUUAAAUUAAGACAUUAAUGAGCGAGCUAGGACGGACAUAGUCAAUAACUAUUUGUUCAGCACUUUUGAAAUGUACAGCAACAUAAUUCAGAACAUGGGCUGUUCUUACAGUGUUCUCCAUGUACACCAAGUCAGAACUGUAGGAUAAAUAAAGGGGGCAUAUAAGCAGACAAUGAAAGCUCUUACAAUAUUUGAUGAUUACAAUUCUCUAAAACAGGUUACAGGCUACAUGUGCACCACCAAGUCAGAACAGUAGGUGAAAUUAAGAGGGGAAAAUAGACCAAACUAUUAGGGUGAGGUACAUGGGCUACUAACAGCUUACUACACAACAUACACCUAGUAUUACUUUAUUAGCUACAGUAUACAUAUCUCCCUGGCAUAUUACAUAUAAUUUAUGCAGCAGCAUACAAUACAUUUUUGGACUCACCUUGUUGUGCUGUGCUCACUUGAACAGGAAGGUGGAGUGGCAGUCCUUCAUGAGCAAACUUUGUCAUCAAAGUCUGGCAUUCUCUGGAUUUAUGGUGCUUUCAAGACAAUUGGGAACUUGGAAAAAAAGGUCGAAUCAUGAUGACGUCAAUGAUCUUCAGGUCGUAGCUCUAGAAAGAGGAUUUACAAUUCCGAGUUGGAUGACCGUUCAAAACUUAUUUUCCCAGUCGGAGCACAUUUUUUCCCCGAGUUUCCAGUUGUCUUGAACUCACUGAAGUCUGAUAUUUGGCAGUUCCGAGUUAACAGUGGUUUUAAGCGCCGCACAAAUCAUGCUUUAUUGACAGCAUGGCCAAUGUUGAAUGUUUAUAAUUUUAAACUUGGAAAAGAGACCUUACAAUACAGCACUCUGAUCCUGUGUUUAAGAAAUUGAUUAGAGGUUCUCUGCUAGCUUAUGUCUGUCUUCUUGGAAAAUAUUCCCCUGGUCCUCCUUAUACCCCCCUUUUUGUUUAGUAGAAACGGCACAUGAUUGAAGAACUCUCCGGCAAAAAGAAAGGCGGAGGUAUGUUUCAUGAUGAACUACUCAUGGUGUGAUUGUGGUAAUUUACAGGAAGUCUUUUUGUUCACGCUACCUGGAAUACCUCACAAUCAAAUGCCGACCACAUUACCUCCUGAGAGAAUUAUCUUAGGUCGUCAUCACAGCCAUGUAUAUUCCCCCUCAAGCCGAUACCACGAUGGCUCUCAAGGAACUACACUGGACUUUUUGCUAACUGAAAACCGCAUAUCCUGAGGCCACAUUUAUUGUAGCUGGGGACUUUAAUAAAGCAAAUCUGAGGAAAACGCUACCAAAGUUUUAUCAACACAUCGCCUGCACUACUCGAGUCUCAAGAACUCUCGACCAUUGCUAUUCUCCCUUCUGGGAUGGCUACAAGGCUCUCCCCCGCCCUCCCUUCGGCAAAUCAGAUCCCACCUCCAUUCUGCUCCUCCCUUCCUAUAGGCAGAAACUCAAACAGGAAGUACCCGUGGUAAGGACAAUUCAAUUUUGGUCUGACCAAUCGGAAUCUAUGCUUAAAGAUGGUUUUAAUCACGCGGACUGGGAUAUGUCCUGGGUUGCCUCUGAGAAUAACAUUGACGUAUACACGGACUCGGUGACUGAGGUCAUCAGGAAGUGCAUAGCGGAUGUUGUUCCCACUGUGAUGAUGAAAACCUAUCCAAACCAAAAACCGUGGAUAGAUGGCAGCAUUCGCACAAAACUGAAAGCGCGAACCACCGCAUUUAACCACGGUGACUGGGAACAUGGACGAGUACAAACAGUCCAGUUAUGCCCUCCGUAAGGCAAUCAAACAGGCAAAACGUCAGAACAGAGACAAAGUGGAGUCACAAUUCAGUGGCUCAGACCCGAGAUGUAUGUGGCAGGGACUCCAGACAAUCACGGAUUAUAAAGGGAAAACCAGCUAUGUCGCAGACACCAAUGUCUUGCACCCACACAAGCUAAAUACCUUCUUCGCCCUCUUCGAGGAAAACAGUGCCACCGCCGCUCACGAGGAUGGUGAGCUCUCGUUCUCCUUGGACAAUGUGAGUAAGACAUUUAAGCGGCAUCCCUAGCCUCGUCCUCAGGGCAUGUGCAGACUAGCUGGCUGGAGUGUUUACAGACAUAUUCAAUAUCUUCCUAUCCUAGUCUGUUGUCCCCACUUGCUUCAAGAUAUCCACCAUUGUUCCUGUACCCAAAAAGCGAAGGUAACUGAACUAAAUGACUAUAUCCCCGUAGCACCACUUCUGUCAUCAUGAAGUGCUUUGAGAGGCUAGUUAAGGAUCAUAUCACCUCCACCAGUACCCUGCCCUGAACUUUAGUCACUAGCCAGCUACCACCCGGUACUCAACCCUGCACUUUAGAGACUGCUGCUCUAUGUACAUAGUCAUGGAACACUGGUCACUUUAAUAAUAUUUACAUACUGUUUUACCCACUUAUAUAUGAAUAUACUGUACUGUAUUCUAGUCAAGGCCUAUCCUAUUUAACUAUUGCUGUACAUAUACUAUUCUAUCCUACAUAUUCUACAGAUAUACUACAUAUUCUAUCCAUAUACUGUCCAUAAUGUCUAUACAUCCCAUCAUAUACAUAUAUAUUUAUAUUCCGGACUAAUAUUUAUAUAUUUCUUAAUUCCAUUAUUUUACUUUGUAUAGUUGCAUGUAUUGUUAGAUAUUACUGCACUGUUGGAGCUAGGAACAUAAGCAUUUCACUACACCCGCAAUAACAUCUGCUAAAUAUGUGUAUGCCACCAAUAAGAUUUGAUUUUGAUACUGUAAAGGUGAGUGUGAAAAUAGAGUAAGUCUAUGCAUUUAGAUAUCCUUUAAUCCAUCUCUUUUGUCUGAUUUAUCUCUGUGAUGCUUGUAGUUGGCUGCGCUGUUGGUUUCAGCUGGAGUUAGAAGUUGAUGACUUCAGAGACCUUUCUGGAAGUGCUGAAUGUUCCGAUUUUAGUGAUUUAAUGCCAUACAUCUAAGGGGUGCGAGUGACUGGCUUGUUGAAUCUGAUUUCUGCCUGUAAAACGCCUUCGCGAGAGCUUUAUUACGAGACUACUGAUUAGAAGGUGCUCUGAGCCCCUUUGUUAUAAUCUCGGCUCAGAAUUGAAAUAUAGAUUAACGAAAUGGACUCUAUACUUAAAUACUUGGAUAUUCCUAUAAACCCAGGAUGAAAUAGUCCUAUCCAUGAGCUGCGUAUUUUCUCAAGAUGUCCUCUCAAUGUUAGCAGAAAGAGAAGUGGGAACAAAGUGGAAAAUGUUAAACCACAUCUCCUUUUCUGUCAGUGUUGCUCUGCCAUUAAACCUCCCCAGGUUUUUAUCGCUGUUUGACCUAAUCUAUGUCACAGAGUCUGUGAAAAUGGAGAGGAUUAGAAAAGUGCUGUCGAAUGGGUUUGGGUUUGACAGCACUUUUUUCCAUCCAGCUUCAGUUGGAGCUUGGUCUCCUCAUCAGUUUACCCAGGCUUACCAAAUUGCCUAUCUUGUUGCUCCUCUGGUGGGAGAGCAGCAUGGCCCAUGUAAUUCUAACUAAAGUGUUAGAGCGCUAAAUUCCACAGAGAUGGACUGCCAAUUGAUCCCAGGAUGGAUAUUGAUCCUAUUACAGUGAUGUGUGUAGCUGCCCCGGCCUCACGUGGGAGAGAAUAGAGCAGGAGCCGAGGCUGUCUUAUUAGACCUGAUGGGAAGAGAGCCUGGGGUGGCUGUCUGGACAGAAGGGGUACCCCAAGGAACAGUGUUUGGGACCAUUACUGUUCCCUGUCAGAGUGGGGGUACCCCAAGGAUCAGUGUUGGGACCAUUACCAUUCCCUGUCAGAGUGGGGGUACCCCAAGGAUCAGUGUUGGGACCAUUACCAUUCCCUGUCAGAGUGGGGGUACCCCAAGGAUCAGUGUUGGGACCAUUACCAUUCCCUGUCAGAGUGGGGGUACCCCAAGGAUCAGUGUUGGGACCAUUACCAUUCCCUGUCAGAGUGGGGGUACCCCAAGGAUCAGUGUUGGGACCAUUACCAUUCCCUGUCAGAGUGGGGGUACCCCAAGGAUCAGUGUUGGGACCAUUACCAUUCCCUGUCAGAGUGGGGGUACCACAAGGAUCAGUUUUGGGCCCAUUACUGUUCCCAGUCAGACUUGGGAGGCGAAGGGGUUUACAUAAAGCCACAGCAGGGUAACAGAUGGGUAGGUAGGGGGAUUUGGAUGUUGCAACUGUUUGAAGGACUCAGCAUUUAGUUUUUGAUGCUUGCCAACAUUCUUUGCCUUUAGAUAACAAAAAGCUAUAUUGAAGGGGAAGGGGAAAAAAUCAUAUUUUUUUAGUCUUUGAACAUAAUUAAAUGAUAUAUGCUGUUAUACAUUAGUGUUGAUGUUAUCUUUAUGAUUUACUAAAAUUCUCUCCCCCCCCCUCCAAUGCCCCCCUCUCUUGUCCCCCUCUCUACAGACCCCAUGCACGGCCCCCAAAGACUGGAGGUGGUGGACAUCAAGUCCAAGCAGAUCACAGUGCGCUGGGAGCCCUUCGGCUACAACGUGACACGUUGCCACAGCUACAACUUAACUGUCCAGUACCGCUACCAGUCCGGCGGCAAGGAGGAGACCCGGGAGGAGGUGUGCUACGACACCCUGAGCCUGGCGCCGCAGCACACAAUAAGGAACCUGUCACCCUACACCAACGUCAGCGUCAAGCUGGUGCUGGGGAACCCCGAAGGCGUCAAGGAGAGCACGGAUGUUGACGUGCUGACCGAUGAGGAUGGUAAUUGGGGGAGGGGAGGUUCUGUUCUAGAAGAGCAUACUAAUUGGAUGAAGCAAAGGAUUUGUAAUCUAGAUGGUAUGCUAAUGUGGACAUUAGAACAUAGCUGUAGUCAGUAGGCUUGGACAUUAUACCAUAUACACCGUAUACCGGGGUAUUUGGAAAUAGCCGCAGGAUGGUUUUUCAAUACCGUCAAUACAGUUAACUAUUUCUUUGAAGUUUUUCAAUAAAUUGUAAUAUUUGUAGCUACUUUGUAAGUAAAUACCUGCAGUCAACUUGUGGAAUACGUUAGAUGAAUCAGAUCGCGUUCUUCAUUCCACCUGUCACAUUACAUUUACAUUAUGAAGCUUACCUUAGUUCCCCAGAAUGAUUGAGCCAGUCACAUGCUUGUUUGUAAAUAGCACAACGGGAGAAAGCCAGGUGUGUAUUGACAGGGGUCGCAUUUUAUAUUGAAUGUCAAGUUAUUUUUUUUCCUUAAUAGAGUGAUCAGGGAAGUACAACUGUAUAUUUUUUGGGGUAGAAAAUACAUUAGUCUAACACAUUCGGCAGAAAAUGGCUUCAAUUUCAUCAGAUGACAACAGAAGUACAACGCGAUUUGGCUGGCAGCCACACAAGUAAAUGAGCUUACAAUGAAAAAGCAAGGUAUUUUUAGCAAAAGAGAUGCAUGGCCAUCAUUUUUCAAAUGUUUUCAUAGAAAUAAUGUAGCCAGCUACAUUUCCUAAUGUUUUGCUGAAAGUUCAAACCAAGCCAUGAGGUCGAAGCAAUUGUUCGUAGAGCUCCAAGACAGGAUUGUGUUGAGGCACAGAUCUGGGGAAGGGUACCAAAACAUUUCUUCAGCAUUGAAGGUCCCCAAGAACACAGUGGCCUCCAUCUUUCUUAAAUGGAAGAAGUUGGGAACCACCAAGACUCUUCCUAGAGCUGGCCGCCCGGCCAAACUGAGCAAUCGGGGGAGAAGGGCCUUGGUCAGGGAGGUGACCAAGAACCCGAUGGUCACUCUGACAGAGCUCCAGAGUUCCUCUGUAGAGAUGGGAGAACCUUCCAGAAGGACAACCAUCUCUGCAGCACUACACCAAUCAGGCCUUUAUUGUAGAGUGGCCAGACAGAAGCCACUCCUCAGUAAAAGGCACAUGACAGCCCGCUUGGAGUUUGCCAUAAGGCACCUAAAGGACUCUCAGACCAUGAGAAACAAGAUUCUCUUUGGUCUGAUGAAACCAAGAUUGAACUCUUUGGCCUGAAUGCCAAGCGUCACGUCUGGAGGAAACCUGGCACCAUCCCUACGGUGAAGCAUGGUGGUGGCAGGAUCAUGCUGUGGGGAUGUUUUUCAGUGGCAGGGACUGGGAGACUAAUCAGGAUAGAGGGAAAGAUGAACGGAGCAAAGUACAGAGAUCCUUGACGAAAACCUGCUCCAGGGGGCUCAGGACCUCAGACUGGGGCAAAGGUGCACCUUCCAACAGGACAACGACCCUAAGCACACAGCCAAGACAAUGCAGGAGUGGCUUCUGCUUCGGGACAAGUCUCUGAAUGUCCUUGAGUGGCCCAGCCAGAUCCCGGACUUAAACCCGAUCAAACAUCUCUGGAGAGACCUGAAAAUAGCUGUGCAGCGACGCUCCCCAUCCAACCUGACAGAGCUUGAGAGGAUCUGCAAAGAAGAAUGGUAGAAACUCCCCAAAUACAGGUGUGCCAAGCUUGUAGCGUCAUACCCAAGAAGACACGAGGCUGUAAUCGAGGCUGUAAAAAGUACUGAGUAAAGAGUCUGAAAACUAUAUAUUUUUUUUUAAUUAGCAAAAAUGUCUAAACCUGUUUUUGCUUUGUCAUUAUGGGGUAUUGUGUGUAGAUUGACGAGGGGGGGGGGGGGGGAAACUAUUUAAUCCAUUUUAGAAUAAGGUUGUAACGUAACAAAAUGUGGAAAAAGUCAAGGGGUCUGAAUACUUUCCGAAGGCACUGUAAGAAGCAUUUUAGAUCUGCGUUUACAAAACGCAGCAGGAAAUGAGAAAUUCUGCGCUCACGCGACCCCUAAGUUUAACAAGCUAGUUAUCUAAGUAAGUUACUGAAUUAAUAAGGUGAUGGAGCAUCAUAUUGUGUAAGCUUUCUGCCGUGUUUGCGAAGCCAAAGCCCUUUGGAUGAGUUAUCUGUAUGGCUGCCACGGCUAUCUUUUGAUAUCCUUGCGUUUUUUGAGCCUCUCCGUUCUCGCCCCAUCAUUGCCUUAGCGACUCCUGUCUCCACACAGAUAAAGCGUGUGUACAUGCUGCUUCAGAGCCAAUACUGUUCUUCCUUCAGACAAGCAUGCAAGAACUGAUGUUGGCACAAGAUGGAGGGAAAGUUGGAGCAAAACUAAUGAAAUUACAGUUAACUAAAAUUUACACUGAAUCCAGUAUAAGCUCAUGUGUAGCAUUUAUUAUACAAGAGACAAAAUUCACAAAUUCUACAGCACAAACGCAGUCAUAUCUUAAGUGUAAAAUUAAUAAUGACUCAAUAAUCCAUGCUUUCUGGGAAUGUUAUAAAGUCUGGAAGUUGUGGGCGGAGCUAGAAAUUUGGCUGUCAGAGGUAUUACAAUGUAAACUAACUUUUAAUCGGUCUGUCUGCAUAUUUCAAGAUAUGGCAUAUGGGAGUUUAGUGAGAUACCCAAUGGGUUAGACGAUUCUCUUCUCAUCAUCUUGAAAAAACGUAUUCUAAAAACGUCUAAAUCAAUCAAUCCACCGUCAUUAACCCAAUGGAAUAAUCAAAUUAUUUCUUAUUUAAAUAUUGAAAGUGUGGGCUGUGGAGAGAAACAAAAUGGUGCAGUUUCAGGCCGUGUGGUGGAAAGUGAUGCAGGCGCUGGAGAUAGUGUGGGUCUAGGCAGGAGUGAUGUUGUUGUUUGUAUGUGUAUGUUUUGUAUUGUUUAUAAAAUAAAACAAUUAAAUAGGAUUGACCCCAAACUCUGCCCAGCCAACACUUCCAACAUUCAGCUUUUCAACUCUACAAGGCCAUCAUUGGGGCCUAAGAGAGAACAUGAAAGCAUGAGGGCAUGUGUUUCAAAAAGGGCAAGGUACUUUAGUUAUUUGAAAGCACUUACAUCGCCCUCUUUUGAGACAUACGCCGACUUCAACUUCUGUGAUGUUUCCUUUGAAUUGGUUUCUUCAUAGGCCAUUUGUAAAUUACAAUCUCACUCCGCUAUUCAAAGUGAUAUCAAACGUUCAAAGGAUCUUGAAUGGAUUUGUCUUCAUGAUAACAAGUAAAAUGUUUCCACAUGGUAGAGUAUGUGAUUUAUGUUGAACUGCUUGUUAUUUAUCUAUUUGGUGGAACUAGAAACCUUUAACCCUGUUAUGGGUAAGGAAAUGGAAUGGUGUGCUUUCCUUUUAUUAAACGGUUUUGCCAGCGAGUCGUACAUGCUGUAGCUGUCCUUGACCCUCGUUUGUUUUGCUUCCGAUGCAAUAUACAGUGUGAGGACCCAGCGCUCUAUCAGUUUUACUGUAGGGGACCUCCAGCCACGCUGUAAAGCCUCUGUAUCAGUUUACUGUAGGGGACCUCCAGCCACGCUGUAAAGCCUCUGUAUCAGUUUACUGUAGGGGACCUCCAGCCACGCUGUAAAGCCUCUGUAUCAGUUUACUGUAGGGGACCUCCAGCCACGCUGUAAAGCCUCUGUAUCAGUUUACUGUAGUGUUUCUUCCAGCCACGCUAUAAACCAUGAUGUGCUCUCAUAACUUUUAGGAGGUUCCAUCAAUUGCGUCUCAUUGAAGUAGUUGAAAGAGACAACGGCAGAACAUCCAGCUUGAGUAAAUGUACUGUUGUGAUGUUUCAGGACCUUACUGGGGUCAGGGAGAAUGAAUAGAACUAGAACUGCACGAUCAUGACCCCCCCCCCCCCUCCCCCAUGAGCCCUCAGGUCAUUCUUUUCACCAAUCCGUUCAAGAGUGGUCUGGAGCAAGACCGCCGCCAACCAACCGGCGAAUGUAUGGGAAUCACAACGGCGAUUUACAAUGGUGUUAUGAUGAAGUGGCUUAAUAAAAAAAAGUAUAUAUUUAAUUUGCUCUGAAUUUAUUUCCCCCUCUUCCCUCUCCUCCUUAGUGCCUGGCGCCGUGCCACUCGAGUCCAUCCAGGGGAGCACCUACGAGGAGAAGAUCGCCCUGCAAUGGCGUGAGCCUGUUCAGACCUACGGUAUCAUUAAUCAGUAUGAGGUAAGAUCAUCGCGAGCCCGUCCAGACCUACGGUAUCAUUAAUCAGUAUGAGGUAAGAUCAUCGCGAGCCCGUCCAGACCUACGGUAUCAUUAAUCAGUAUGAGGUAAGAUCAUCGCGAGCCCGUCCAGACCUACGGUAUCAUUAAUCAGUAUGAGGUAAGAUCAUCGCGAGCCCGUCCAGACCUACGGUAUCAUUAAUCAGUAUAAGGUAAGAUCAUCUGGGGAAACUGCAGAGUCCAGCCUCCCACCUGGGCCCAGCUUUCUCUGUCUUUGUUUCUCUCCCUCUUCCUCUCUCUCCCUCUUCCUCUUCCUCUCUCUCCCUCUUCCUCUCUCUCCCUCUUCCUCUUCCUCUCUCUUCCUCUCUCUCCCUCUUCCUCUCUCUCCCUCUUCCUCUCUUCCCUCCAACACACAUCCAUCUUGUCUGGCAGGAGCCAGCGGCUUCCAUCUUUCAUUCACUCUGUGGCCUUAAUUAUCUAAUAAAUCCAACCUAAUAACCUUAAGGCCUGCACGCACCGAGGCUUGUUAACACAAUCUAUUACCCACUGAACCCCCUCUAACAGCAUGCCCAACACCAGCCCAGCCCUGCCCACUCCCACCCCCACCCCACCCCAGCCCAGCCAACACCAGCCCAGCCCUGCCCACUCCCAGCCCAGCCAACACCAGCCCAGCCCUGCCCACUCCCACCCCAGCCCAGCCAACACCAGCCCAGCCCUGCCCACUCCCACCCCACCCCAGCCUAGCCAACACCAGCCCAGCCCAGCCCUGCCCACUCCCACCCCACUCCAGCCCAGCCAACACCAGGCCUGCCCAACCCCUGCCCACUCCCACCCCACUCCAGCCCAGCCAACACCAGGCCUGCCCAACCCCUGCCCACCCCCACCCUACUCCAGCCUAGCCAACACCAGGCCUGCCAAACCCCUGCCCACUCCCACCCCACUCCAGCCCAGCCAACACCAGGCCUGCCCACCCCCACCCCACUCCAGCCCAGCCAACACCAGGCCUGCCCAACCCCUGCCCACCCCCACCCCACUCCAGCCCAGCCAACAUCAGGCCUGCCCAACCCCUGCCCACCCCCACCCCACUCCAGCCCAGCCAACACCAGGCCUGCCCAACCCCUGCCCACCCCCACCCCACUCCAGCCCAGCCAACACCAGGCCUGCCCAACCCCUGCCCACUCCCACCCCACUCCAGCCCAGCCAACACCAGGCCUGCCCAACCCCUGCCCACCCCCACCCCACUCCAGCCCAGCCAACACCAGGCCUGCCCAACCCCUGCCCACCCCCACCCCACUCCAGCCCAGCCAACACCAGGCCUGCCCAACCCCUGCCCACCCCCACCCCACUCCAGCCCAGCCAACACCAGGCCUGCCCAACCCCUGCCCACCCCCACCCCACUCCAGCCCAGCCAACACCAGGCCUGCCCAACCCCUGCCCACCCCCACCCUACUCCAGCCUAGCCAACACCAGGCCUGCCCAACCCCUGCCCACUCCCACCCCACUCCAGCCCAGCCAACACCAGGCCUGCCCAACCCCUGCCCCUGCAUGGGGCAUACCUUAGACGGUAGAACAUGCUGCACUUAAUCUGUCUGACAUCCUCCAGUAUUUAUAUAAAAGAUUGCAGUCUUAAAAUACCCCUCAACAACAACAUUGCGAUGUCAAGACGGAAACAUCUGGCCCUCUCCAUCAUUUACACAACCUGCCUGAAAAGAACAUUCUCAACCUUGAGGGUUUGAGUCAUAUACAGUGGGGAGAACAAGUAUUUGAUACACUGCCGAUUUUGCAGGUUUUCCUACUUACAAAGCAUGUAGUGGUCUGUUUUUUUUAAUCAUAGGUACACUUCAACUGUGAGAGACGGAAUCUAAAACAAAAAUCCAGAAAAUCACAUUGUAUGAUUUUUAAAUAAUUCAUUUGCAUUUUAUUGCAUGACAUAAGUAUUUGAUACAUCAGAAAAGCAGAACUUAAUAUUUGGUACAGAAACCUUUGUUUGCAAUUACAGAGAUCAUACGUUUCCUGUAGGUCUUGACCAGGUUUGCACACACUGCAGCAGGGAUUUUGGCCCACUCCUCCAUACAGACCUUCUCCAGAUCCUUCAGGUUUCGGGGCUGUCGCUGGGCAAUACGGACUUUCAGCUCCCUCCAAAGAUUUUCUAUUGGGUUCAGGUCUGGAGACUGGCUAGGCCACUCCAGGACCUUGAGAUGCUUCUUACGGAGCCACUCCUUAGUUGUCCUGGCUGUGUGUUUCGGGCCGUUGUCAUGCUGGAAGACCCAGCCACGACCCAUCUUCAAUGCUUUUACUGAGGGAAGGAGGUUGUUGGCCAAGAUCUCGCGAUACAUGGCCCCAUCCAUCCUCCCCUCAAUACGGUGCAGUCGUCCUGUCCCCUUUGCAGAAAAGCAUCCCCAAAGAAUGAUGUUUCCACCUCCAUGCUUCACGGUUGGGAUGGUGUUCUUGGGGUUGUACUCAUCCUUCUUCUUCCUCCAAACACGGCGAGUGGAGUUUAGACCAAAAAGCUCUAUUUUUGUCUCAUCAGACCACAUGACCUUCUCCCAUUCCUCCUCUGGAUCAUCCAGAUGGUCAUGGACAUGGGCUGGCUUGAGCAGGGGGACCUUGCGUGCGCUGCAGGAUUUUAAUCCAUGACGGUGUAGUGUGUUGCUAAUGGUUUUCUUUGAGACUGUGGUCCCAGCUCUCUUCAGGUCAUUGACCAGGUCCUGCCGUGUAGUUCUGGGCUGAUCCCUCACCUUCCUCAUAAUCAUUGAUGCCCCACGAGGUGAGAUCUUGCAUGGAGCCCCAGACCGAGGGUGAUUGACCGUCAUCUUGAACUUCUUCUAUUUUCUAAUAAUUGCGCCAACAGUUGUUGCCUUCUCACCAAGCUGCUUGCCAAUUGUCCUGUAGCCCAUUACAUUUUACAUUUUAGUCAUUUAGCAGACGCUCUUAUCCAGAGCGACUUACAGGAGCAAUUAGGGUUAAGUGCCUUGCUUAAGGGCACAUCGACAGAUUUUUCACCUAGUCGGCUCGGGGAUUAGAACCAGCGACCUUUCGGUUACUGGCAGAACGCUCUUACCCACUAAGCUACCUGCCGCCCAUCCCAGCCUUGUGUAGGUCUACAAUUUUAUCCCUGAUGUCCUUACACAGCUCUCUGGUCUUGGCCAUUGUGGAUAGGUUGUAGUCUGUUUGAUUGAGUGUGUGGACAGGUGUCUUUUAUACAGGUAACGAGUUCAAACAGGUGCAGUUAAUACAGGUAAUGAGUGGAGAACAGGAGGGCUUCUUAAAGAAAAACGAACAGGUCUGUGAGAGCCGGAAUUCUUACUGGUUGGUAGGUGAUCAAAUACUUAUGUCAUGCAAUAAAAUGCAAAUUAAUUACUUAAAAAUCAUACAAUGUGAUUUUAUGGAUUUUUGUUUUAGAUUCCGUUUCUCACAGUUGAAGUGUACCUAUGAUAAAAAUUACAGACCUCUACAUGCUUUGUAAGUAGGAAAACCUGCAAAAUCGGCAGUGUAUCAAAUACUUGUUCUUCCCACUGUAGCUGUGUGGUUUCCUAUAAUCCACAUUUGUACAUAAAACAAUUGGUGUAAAGCACUGUACAUGUGCAUAGGCUACUGUAGUCCUACAUGUUUCUCCUAUCGCAGCAUUUGCCUUGCGUUUGACGUGCCGUUCAGUUCAUCACACAAUACGACAAACAAGGUUUUUUAGUGCGUUCAAAAGAGCCAUUGUGCCAGACCCGAAUUUGUGCAAAAAUUCUCCAAUUAAGCUGUCAGAUAUGCACAUAAUGUAUUCUGUCAUCUCGAACUAACUCUGAGCUGCGAUUGCGAUCCAGUUGAAAGAAUGGACAAAUCAAGUUUUUUUUUUUUUCUGCCUCAUUAGACUCUGAUGGAGUCAACCCCAUUAUUACUAUAAUUUGCUGACAUUCAGCUCGUCUCAUGUGCUCUUCAGCCUUUGACUCCAUCUCUCUCUCUCUUUUUGUUCAGAGUUUGCGAUUUCUCUUGGUUCGGAAAAUGUAGUGCUGGUUCAUUGUUUGGGGCUUUUGUUUGAAGAGGUACAGGCUGAAUUCAGAGCUAUCCUACCACAGCUGAACCCUAACCCUUACGCAACCCCCUACCCUCCACACACACACAACCCCCCCCCCCCCCCCCCCCCCCCAAAUCUCGACAGCUGUGUGUGUGAUAUGUGAAAAGCGAUCAACGCUAACUUGGAUAGCCUUUUGAAAUGCUCCAGAUGCAUUCCUCCCUCCCUCCCUCCCUCUCUCCUGAUAUAGACUAAUGGCCUUGCAGAGCCCUGAGCAGCAACAUUUCACACCUGAUGGAUACAAACGGUCGCCACGGCACUCCAACACUCCCCAUUGAGCCUCUUAAUUGGGAAUCAGAACUGAAUAAUAAAGGAGGCUUUCCAUUAGGGGAGACCGAAUGAUUUAUUUAAAUGAAGCUUUUCAAGAGAGACAGAGCUGAUGAAGUUAUAUGAAGGAGAGGAGGAAGAGGGGGGUACACACGACGCUCCACUGCGCUCCCUUUCAGAAAGAAAUCCCCAGGCCUCCAAUCUCCUACUCUAGUGGAAGCGGGGGGGAUGAUUGGAAUAAAACAACAGACCUGAAUGCUGCUUCUAUGGAAAGUUCAGGCCUAGUUUGACUAUCAGAGGCAAGGCUCUGCAUACUAUAAGUUUGUGCUGCAACUCUUUCAUAAAAAUAAGAAAAUGUUUUUAUGUGUAGUACGGCUAUGAUAUUCUGGCUAAUGGUACACCAUGAUCCUUACUAUACACAUUUACAUUUUAGUCAUUUAGCAGACGCUCUUAUCCAGAGCGACUUACAGUUAGUGCAUACAUUAUUUUAUUUUUUUUCAUACUGGAAUCGAACCCACAACCCUGACGUUGCAAACGCCAUGCUCUACCAACUGAGCUACAUCCCUGCCGGCCAUUCCCUCCCUUAACCUGGGCGACGCUGGGCCAAUUGUGCGCCGCCCCAUGGGUCUCCCGGUCGCAGCCGGCUACGACAGAGCCUGGAUUCGAACCAGGAUCUCUCUCUCUUAGACCACUGCGCCACUCGGGAGGACACACCAUAUACCAAAACUAACCAUAGCUAUAACCAUAACGAGCCUGACGCUAGUUUUGGAACUUUGAUAUAUAAGCUUGUCCUCUCCAGCCAUCUAAUCUAGGUUGUGUGUCCAUCCUCAGAUCUCCUACAAGGCCCUCAGCUCCUUCGACACAGAGUUUGACCUGAGCAACCAGAGCGGUAGGGUGUUCAAGUUCAGCAAUGAGACGUUCCACAUGUUUGUGGGUCUCUACCCCGGCUCCACCUACUCAUUCACCCUCCGGGCCAGCACCAUCAAGGGCUUCGGAACCCCCAUCAUCACCCAGUUCACCACCAAGAUCUCAGGUGAGGAGAAACGAUGGUCAAGAUGAACACACCUAGUCCUUGACAAUUUGUACUGUAGUGCCCAAAAUCCUCCAGGAGAUCCCCAAUAAUACAGCAGUGUUUGUGUUUCUGGUGUCUGUGUUUGUCUACAUUUUUGUGUACUGUGUACUUACUGUUAUGUGUCGGUCUCUGUCGGUCUCAAUGUCGUCUGUCUCUCUGUCGGUCGAUCUGUCUCUCUGUCGGUCGAUCUGUCUCUCUGUCGGUCGAUCUGUCUCUCUCUGUCGGUCGAUCUGUCUCUCUCUCUGUCGGUCGAUCUGUCUCUCUCUCUGUCGGUCGAUCUGUCUCUCUCUCUGUCGGUCGAUCUGUCUCUCUCUGUCGGUCGAUCUGUCUGUCUCUCUGUCGGUCGAUCUGUCUCUCUCUCUGUCGGUCGAUCUGUCUCUCUCUCUGUCGGUCUCUAUGUCAUCUGUCUCUCUGUCGGUCGAUCUGUCUCUCUGUCGGUCGAUCUGUCUCUGUCGGUCGAUCUGUCUCUCUCUCUGUCGGUCGAUCUGUCUCUCUCUCUGUCGGUCGAUCUGUCUCUCUCUCUGUCGGUCGAUCUGUCUCUCUCUCUGUCGGUCGAUCUGUCUCUCUCUCUGUCGGUCGAUCUGUCUCUCUUUGUCGGUCGAUCUGUCUCUCUCUGUCGGUCGAUCUGUCUCUCUCUCUGUCGGUCUCUAUGUUGAUCUGUCUCUCUCUCUGUCGGUCGAUCUGUCUCUCUGUCGGUCGAUCUGUCUCUGUCGGUCGAUCUGUCUCUCUCUCUGUCGGUCGAUCUGUCUCUCUCUCUGUCGGUCGAUCUGUCUCUCUCUCUGUCGGUCGAUCUGUCUCUCUCUCUGUCGGUCGAUCUGUCUCUCUCUGUCGGUCGAUCUGUCUCUCUCUCUGUCGUCGAUCUGUCUCUCUCUGUCGGUCGAUCUGUCUCCUCUCGUGUCGGUCGAUCUGUCCUCUCUCUCUGUCGUCGAUCUGUCUCUCUCUCGUCGGUCGAUCGGUCUCUCUCUCUGUCGGUCGAUCGGUCUCUCUCUUUUGUCGGUCGAUCGGUCUCUCUCUCUGUCGUUCGAUCGGUCCUCUCUCUCUGUGGUCGUGAUCGUCUCUAUGUCGGUCGAUCUGUCCCUCUCUGUCGGUCGAUCUGUCUCUCUCCUGUCUGUCGAUCUGUUCCUCUCUCUGUCGGUCGAUCUGUCUCUUCCUCUUCUGUUCGGUCUCUAUGUUGAUCUGUCUCUCUCUCUGUCGGUCGAUCUGUCUCUCUGUCUGUGGGUUCUGCCCUCUGUCGGUCGAUCUGUCUCUCUCUCUGUCGGUCAAUCUGUCUCUCUCUCUGUCUGUGUCGAUCUGUCUCUCUCUUUUGUCGUCGAUCUGUCUCUCUCUCUGUCGGUCGAUCUGUCUCUCUCUCUGUCGGUCGAUCUGUCUCUCUCUCUGUCGGUCGAUCUGUCUCUCUCUCUGUCGGUCGAUCUGUCUCUCUCUGUCGGUCGAUCUGUCUCUCUCUGUCGGUCGAUCUGUCUCUCUCUCUGUCGGUCGAUCGGUCUCUCUCUCUGUCGGUCGAUCGGUCUCUCUCUCUGUCGGUCGAUCGGUCUCUAUGUCGGUCGAUCUGUCUCUCUGUCGGUCGAUCUGUCUCUCUCUGUCGGUCGGGAUUUCUGUCUCUGUCGGUCUGUCUUUGUAUGUCUGUCUUUGUCUGUAUGUGUCAGUCGAAUCACCCCAUAGAGAUAGAUAGAGGACUAUUUUUUAUAUCUGUGCCAUUAUAGCGUCUGUGACAGCAUGGGCAGCACCAUUGAGGCUACAACCCAUAGGAAUCCCCACCCAGUUGACUACUUUAAAAUGGCGGAAGCAUGGUGGAAGCCCUGAAUGUCAAUGUCCAUGCUAAAACGGGUUAUAUCCAUGAUGAGUCCUCUAUCUGUCUCUGAGUCACCCUCUCCUGUGCUCCUGUGUUCCCCCCAUAGCUCCGUUGAUGCCAGGCUAUGACCAGGAGACUCCCCUGAACCAGACAGACAGCACGGUCACCGUCCUGCUGAAGCCUGCCCAGAGCCGAGGAGCCCCCGUC